AUGAAUGUAAAAUUGGAACAUAUAUCAUUUAAUUUGCUCCUCCGACUCGUUCAGAUAUCAUUUAACUUGAAGUGAGUAGUCAAGAUUGUAGCGAAAUUGUGAUAUAACUUGAUAUAAUUAAUAUUAUAAUAUAACUUAACAUAAGUAAAUAAAACUCAUGCUAACUAGUGAUUUUUAUCUGUUAUUCAUUUAUCUUAUACUAUUCUUAGGGAACAAGAGAUACAAUUAAAUGUUCGAUUCCAUUAGAUUGGUUUGAUCCUGAUCCGAUGAAUUAUUACGUGUUUGCGCAUUACACAUUUUCUCAGAGUAAACUAGAUGCGAAGAAGAGUCCGCUGGCGCUGCUCGCUCAAACCUGUAGCCAGAUAGGAGCCGACACACCGUCCAAUAAAUCACUGCUGGCUUCGUUGGACAAAGGUUCGGGCAACAAAUCGACGUCCAAGUCGACGGAUCAAUCGCGGGAAAAAUCGUCGCCGGCGGUCGCGGUCACGUCCUCCGCGUCGGAGUCGUCGACCAAGACCACGUUCAAGCCGUACGAGUCCUGUUUGGCCCGUGAGAAAGCCUCGAGCCCGGACGAGCAACGAUCGGCAUCUAGCCACUCGACGUCCGGUCGAUCGAGGACACCUGGUAGCAACAACAAACGAUGCUCCAGCAAUCAGAGCGCCGCCUCGUCGGUUCGGACGGUGACGCCGCAGGGGCGGAAAACGGCGACGCCGAACGGCGACGCGGCACGAGAAUCACCCGGCUGCAGAAUAUCCGCGGCGAAUCUGUCGUCGGGUCAGCUCGACUCGUCGACGAGCUCGUCUCAACCGGCGGUGGUCAGUAGUCCGUCGUUACAAGCGAAACAACAGGCUUCUUACAGUCCGGCCGGUGUCCUAGCGAUGACAGACCCGUCCAUCAAGGAUCUCCCGUUGGGUACUUUCAAGCCAGGUGUCAGUCUAGCCACGUCGAGCUCUGGUUAUUUAGGCUACACGCCGCCGCAGAUACCUAUCGAUGUAACAGCCAGUUCUUUAAUGUCGCAGCAGGCCGCGUUGAAGAAUAGCCUGGUGGCCGGCAAUCCCUAUCUGAGUUACGCGAGGCUCAAGAGCUCCACCGACGCUUUAAUGCCCGUCUGCAGGGACCCGUACUGCACCGGUUGCCAGUUGAAUUCUCAUCUGCUGGCCCAUUCAGCGAACGGCAAGUUGACGAGCAGCGGCACCACCGCCGGUGCCGCUUCCUGUCCGGCCGGCUGUACCCAGUGCGAUCACAAAUCUCAGCCGCCCGGGUCAGCAGUUUACGGAGCGUUGGGUGUAGCCGCGUACGCGCACGCACAACUGGCUGCCUUGGCAGCGGCCUCGCAGCUUCCUUACGUGUGCAACUGGAUAGCAAGCGACACGGCAUACUGCGGCAAGAGGUUCUCCACGUCGGACGAGCUGCUGCAACAUUUGAGAAGCCACACCAGCGUGUCGAACGGCAGCGGUGUCGCGGACCCAUCGGCGGCCGCGUUGUCCCUCUUGUCGCCGUCCGCUGUUGGACUACCGCCCACGCAUCCUUUGUUCUCCAGGACUUAUCCCACGCCACCCUUGAGCCCGCUGGCAACCGCGCGUUAUCACCCUUACGGGAAACCUUCGCCGUUGCUGCCACCGCCUUUAUCGUCGUUGGGUUUACCGCUGCCGCCGCCGCAUCCGCACGCCGCAUUACCAGCGUAUUUCUCCCCAUACUCGCUGUACGGAACUCCUCGCCUUGGUGCUGCAUCCGGCUUGCCUCAAUGA